UUGAUUAAACCCGUUGAAAGUAUCGAGAACGAAGAAGCUUAGUCUAUUCAUACUAAUAAUCAGUUAUCAUAGGAUUACUUGAAUGGUUAAAUUGCGGUUGAAUUAACAAUGUAAAGUAUCACGUUAAAUAGGAUGGAUUCUUUACCACCGGAAUUGAUAUUGAAUAUAUUAUCCUAUUUACCACAACAUGACCUCCUCUUACGAAUCAGAAACGUUUCCAAGUAUUGGAACCAAUUGGCACACGCACCUCGUUUAUGGUAUAAACUGGACGUUAGACGCAGCGAAGAAACGACAUCGUUAUAUCUGGAGAAUAUUGACCUACUAUGCGUUCAUAUAAAGCAUCUUCUUACAGAUGAGGAAUUUUUAGUGAAAGUUUGUUAUCAUCGAACACCAAAGCCACAUUUCAAGAAUCUUCGAAACUUGGACUUAUCAAGUGUAUAUCUGGCAACGACGAGUGUCAUUACAGAUUUUAUUUCCGAAUGUACUAAUCUUGAAUCAAUCAGUGUUCGAUUUGAUGAUAGCAUUUUAUUCCGUGAUAUUUUUAAAACAUUAUCAAAGUUAAAUCUGAAAGAUUUACAUAUUAACUAUAGUGGAGAUGACGUGGAAUUUCUAUUUAUUUUGGAAGAACUUUCUCGAAACAAAUAUUCCAAGACAUUAUCAAUUCAUUGCAACACUAUUCAAAAUAACACAGUGCGUUUUCUUUUGGAGAAUUUCCAGAAUUUAAAGUCAUUAGAUGUAACUAGUUCUUAUUUAAAGAAUGACACGUUCAUGUCGAUGCAACGUUUGUUAUCCCUUAAUGCUUUGAGCUUAGAUUAUACUAGGGUGAAUGAUGCCGGGCUAAAGUUAAUUGCCAGGAACGUUCCGAAUCUUAAGUUUUUCUCCGUAGUCAGGUGCGAGGAUAUAUCAGACGAAGGCAUUGUAAAUAUCGCAGAAAAUUGUCCGUUUCUGGAACAAAUUCACAUUUGUAGAUCGUAUACGAUCUCUGGUAGUACCUUGGUAGCGAUAGCGAAAGGUUGCCCACGCCUACAGCGGCUGUCGGUUAUGGCAUGUGCACAAAUGGAUGACGCGGGUGUGGAAUCACUGGUUAUGAAAUGCAAACAUUUACAGGUGUUGAUUUUAAACUUCUGUAUACAAUUAACAGAUCAAAGUUUAUUCAGUAUCUCCAGAUUUUGUACAACCCUCCGAAAGUUAGAUAUUAGUAAUAACGGUAAGUUUACUUCUAAAGGGAUAUCUUCGCUUUUACAGUCGUGUAAAUUGCUGGAACUACUUAACAGUGCUUCAUGUGGUGGAAUCACAGACUUGCGAUUCCCUGUGUCUCGUACUGGGAUAAAACUCAGUAAUAAAUCAUUUGACAAUGAAGACACCAUUCUAGCAAAACUAGUGACUGUAAAUGAACGUGCUACGAACGACAACUCGUAUUCAAUAUCCAAUCAUCAACAUUGCCAUAUAAGAUCAAUGAACCUAAGCCACACAUCCAUCAAUAAUAUAUCUGUGCUAGAAUUGUCGUUUUUAUGUCCCGAUUUAAGAAAUUUAUACCUUUUUGGGUGCAAAAAUGUAACAAUUGAUAUUGUCGAAUGUCUUUUUAAUAAUUGCGUGUUUAUGGAGAAAAUAAGUGUGAAAAGGAAAACGAUUUUCCGCAAGAACAUAUUUCUUCAUGCGGUUUCUUGAAUAUGCCUGCUUUUUUAUUAUGUUGUUUAAAUAUACUUCAGUCAUUGUCAGUGUUAUUGAUUUAAAUAAAAUGAAAGCCAAUUUACACAUGAAUUAAGUACAAAAGUUAAAGUUUAUUAUAUAGUAUCCGUCGAUCUGAAAUUUAUUUUGUCGGUCAAGCCUAAUAUUUGUUAAUGCAAGGGGCCAUUGGAUAUAUGUUGUCUUGUUCAAUACAUUGUUUGAUCAGUUUGCUGGU